AUGUCUCUACAAUCAGCGGCAGGUAGCCAACCAUGUCACCAAACAACCGCAAUCCGAUUACUAGCCGACUCCCUAUAUGAGUCGACACGUGGGUCAACCGGCCUUACGAACCAGACCCAAAACGAGCUUGGUCUGCUUCUGGCCGUGCUAGGCGCGACCGAGACGUAUACAUUGUCUCUAGGCGCAGAAUGCGUCCACUUUGCAAAGUUGUUGUUACACCCAGAUGCGCUCGGUGCUCAGAGUUUGGUUUCUGAUAUUCGCGCGCGUCUCUCGUCGGUUACUUUUGGGAUUACGGAGGUGAAUUUGAACAUGAUGAUAUCAUCGCAGAAGAUUAUUGAGCAUGCGCUAAGAUGUUUCGUCAAUGAUGUUUCUGCUGGCAAUAGGGAGGCUUUGGUUGUCUCUGAUGUUUUGAGGGAUUCUUCGAACCUUGAGGACGAUGGUGUCUGGACCCGCCUACAAGGGGAGUUGGUCGCUUCUGGUAUUUCUUCGGAUUUGUUGACGCUGAACCGAAACUUCAUUAUACCAACUCUUCGAAAGAUAGCUGAUGGUCUACGGUCUACAAGAAAAGAGGACACGACUCCAAUGAAAGUCCCUGAGUCCACAGCACCAGAACUAGCCCUGAAAAUGGAACGCCAGAGAAGCCUGGACGACAAGGACUGGCUAGCAGACGAACCAUCUGGUCUUCCAUUCCUCCCGCUCCCGCCAAAAGGCUUCUCAUUUUCAGACAAGUACAGCUCAUAUCCAAGCCCAGAGCAGCCCUAUCCAGAAAAAGAAACAGUGCCCUAUCCAGAAAAAGAGACAGCACGAGAAGAAAACUUCCCAAUACCAGUGAUAUUGGACAUGCAAGACUGCACAGAUACACAGAAACAAGCGCUACCUGUCGAGAACUUCCCCAUCCCAGUUCUGAAAGAGACCAGACCAGCAGAAAGCGACGGCAUGAACCUCCCAAUACCAGUGAAAGUACCUCUCUCGCCCAAGCCACCAAAACUCUCACUAGACCUACACGCCUUCAAAGUAUCAAGAAACUCAAAAAAACCGCACCGUAUGAGCCGCCUUCUCUGGGAAAUAACCAGCUCCAAGGAACCCUUCAUAGCCGCGAUAAAAGCCAACCAACAUGAAACCGUACAAACCCUCCUCUCCAAAGGCGCGGACGCCAACACCCAAAAAGACGACGGCACAACAGCUCUAAUGGCCGCCGUCUCCUUCGGCCACGAAGCCACAACCCGGCUCCUCCUAGAAUACGGCGCGGACCUGAACGCCCGGGCCAUAACAGGCGAGACAGCGCUCAGCAUCGCGGCAACACGCGGCUUCGACCGCAUCGUACAGAUUCUGGUUGCCUCGGGCGUGAAUAUGAAUUCCGGGAAGGGGAUUGGCAAGACGGCGCUUUCGCAAGCUGCGGCGUAUGGACAGGACCGGAUUGUGGAGCUUUUUCUGGACUCCGGGGCGGAUAUCGAUGCUGUUAAUAGUACGGGGGAUACGGCGUUGGCUUUGGCGGCGUUGAAUGGGAAUAUGAGAGUUGCGAGACUGUUACUUGAUCGUGGGGCGAAGGUUGAUCUUAUGCGAUAUCCUUGGCAGACGCCGUUGUAUAAGGCUGUUCGGUCGAAUGUGGUGGGGAUGGCUAGGCUUUUGAUGGAGCGCGGGGCGGAUCCGUUUGUUAAGGGGGGAAUCGGAGGACGGAGACAGUUAUGGCUUUUGCGGGGAGAAUGCAGAGGAGGGAGAUUUUGGAGGUUUUUGCGCAGUAUGGGUAUUAUCCUGGGGGAGGGGGACCGGUGA